GCCGCUUGUUUACAGUGUGACGGGUCGCCCUCCGCCCUCCGCCCUCCCUCCCGCCGAGCCCGCCCUCCCUCCCGCCUCUCAGGGUUGUUGCUCCCCUCACCCCCGCAGCCCCCAGCAGCUCCUCGGGCCGUGGGUGAGCGGGGCGGCGGGCCGCGGUGGGCUAUGCUGGUGGCCGGGCGCCGGUUGCUAGGAUGUCAUGGUUUUUCCCCUGGUCGAGCUCGAUCAAGAAGCGGGCCUGCCGCUACCUGCUGCAGCACUACCUGGGCCACUUCUUCGAGGAGCGGCUCACGCUGGAGCAGCUCAGCCUGGACCUGUACAACGGCAGCGGCGGCCUCCGGGACGUGCAGCUCGACGUCUGGGUAAGAGGCGAGUUCCUGGAUUCGUUGGGUGCGCCACUGGAGAUCACCGAUGGUUUCAUCAGCAGCAUCUCGGUGACCAUCCCCUGGUCUGCCCUGAUCACUGAGAACUGCACUGUGGAGGUAUCAGGACUGCAGGUCACGUGCAGACCCAAGUACUGCUUUGCCCCAGGGACCGAGUCUCCCAGCUGGUCAUCAUGUAUGACGACCAGCAUGCAGCUGGCCAAAGAGUGCCUGAAGGAGCAGGCAGAGGAGCCUGAAGAACCAACCCAGCCCUUGGAGGGGCUCGAGAUGUUUGCACAGACCAUAGAGACUGUGCUGAGGAGGAUAAAAGUGACAUUCCUGGAUACCAUCGUGCGAGUAGAACACACUCCUGAAGGCUCCAGGACCGGCAUUGCCCUGGAGAUGCACAUAAAGAGGUUGGAUUACUGCGACGAAGCUGUGAAAGACUCGGUCAGCACCUCGAAGAAGGAUCCCAUACCACUCGACGUCCACCAACCCCCUGCGUUUGUUCACAAGGUGCUGCAGUUUUCCGGGGUGCUCCUACAUUACGAGGAUGUCCCCGAGCAGGGAAUGGAUCCCCGAGCCUCCUCGCCUGUGCCGCAGCAAACGGGAAUUGAAUGUCCCCCAACUGAGGAGUCAGAUCUUGCCCCCGAAAUGAAGCAGGGACCUGCAGAGCGAAGAUUCUGCCGUGGCACCUUUGCAGCUGGUGCAGAUCGGCAGCUGUACGGGUGCGUGGAGAUGACCGUGAAACUCAAGCAAAAUGACAUGCUACCUGGACCUAAGUUUGAACUAGAUGGGAAGAUGGGCUCGGUACACUUGUUCCUGAGUCCUUGCCAGCUCUCCAACUUGAUUGAUUUUCUCAAAGUGAGUGGACUGAAGGAAAAGCUGAGCAAGAGUCGGCCACUGGACCCCGAGGAUUUCAAACUGAUUGAGCAGGACCUCAACAAGCAGCUUCACUCGGGCCAGAACCUGGCGCACUCCAAGGCCGAAGAGUUGGUCUCAUUCAUGGGCACCGAGAACGGGGUGUCCUCGGAGAUGUUUUUCUCCAUGGCGCCGAUGACCAGCAGCGUGGCCUCGACACAGUCGGUUAGUGAGCUGUCCGACGUGGACCUGGAAGGCUCGAUGUACAGUGACUACAGCAGCUCUCCUCUGCAGGCGCCCUCGCUGGGCACAGGCCUGAUGAUGGGUUCCCCGCGCCGGAUCGGGAGCUCCUUCUUUCCCUCCACUCUCCCCAGUGUACAGUGCAUGAACAGGCAGCAAGGUAGAGGCCAGCAGCCUCCGUUGCUGGAUGGUGUGAAGGCUGAGCUCCUGCUGAAGCUGACCUUCGGUGGACUCACCGCCACGGUGCUGCACCUGGACCCGUCGCUCGUCGGCCCUCCCGCAGCGCCGGGCUCUCCUCCUGCCGCUGAGAACCCCCUCCACGCAGCUGCCCGCCACUACUUCACCGAGCUGAUGUACUUCAAGGACACCAUCUUUGGAGGCCGCGACUUCGUCCACUUGAGGGGGCAUUUUGAGAAGGCCUGCCCCCAGAGUAACCUAAGGUUGAUCGGCAGUGCGGUGCAGCUGGUGUGUGAACAGAAGAGGGGCAGAGGCGGGCAACUGGUGUGCGUGGACGCCUGCUUUGGUGCGCUGGAGAUCCUGGAGUGCCUGUGGCCAUGGGCAGGGCCUGCCGCCGUGCAGCAGGAGGCCGAGUACACGGAGCUGCUGAUGUUCAAGAAGCCCUCCCCUGUGUCUUGUGAGUCCAGUGCCUGUCCCUGUGCUCAGAUCCACUACAGACAGACUCAGAGGACGGAAGGAAAGGGCACUCGGAGGAGAUCCGGCACGAAGCGCAGCGCCGAGCUGGUGAUCGAGCUCCAGGAGGCCCACGCGGACAUUGACCUCGGCUUCCUGGACAGGGUGGACCUCCUGCUGCGGCUGUGGCCAACAGAAGAGAGGGUAUUUCCGGCAGAGCAGGCCAGGCCUUCGGAGCCGACGCUGAUCUCUGGAUUGUCCGCUGUCCGGGCCGAACCUCCUCCUGCCCAGGGGCACCCGACGGCUGUGCGGAUCACGGCGCCCAAAGCCCACCUCCGGCUGCAGUUCCCCGUGCCCGACCUGCGCCCCGAGGCCGAGCGCAGGCCCUGGUUCCAGAAGGCCGUGAGGAAGGAGUCUCUGAGGUUGGAGUGCAAGGACCUGACUUUCAAGACCGAUUUUGGAGCCAGCGUCGAGCCCUUCAAGUACGAGCUCAGCUUCAGCGACCUGCACGGUAUUUACGAAGACGGACUGAAACCUGGCAUUUCAUGCAUUCGAGUCAACAAAGCAACCGAUAAAGUUCCUGGUACAAAAUAUACGACUCCCAAGAUAGUACUGACUGUGAAUCCAGACUACAGCGGCUCCCAGUGGGACCUGUUCGUGGGAAAGGCCGAGGAACUCGACACCUCUACAGUGGAAAGCCCCUGUGAGCUGAAGCAGCCUGAGCCCUCUCCAUUCUCGUCUAAACGCACCAUGUACGAAACAGAGGAGAUGGUGAUCCCGGGAGACCCUGAAGAGAUGGCAGAGUUCCAGUCUCAGACGCUGGCCACUUCUCGGUACGUCCUGGAGCUGACCCUUCCCGCCCUGCACCUGCUGCUUCCCAGUAAGGAAUUCUACGAGAGCGUCUACAACAGAUUUAAUAACGACCUGCUGAUGUGGACGCCAACUGCAGCGGCUUCAAGCAGCGCAGCACAGAGCGCAGACACCGCUGGGCUCAACCCUUUGAUGCUGAGCUACGUGCCAGGGCUGCCUUUCGCGCAGGACAACUUCCGCCUCUGCAAGUCGGCCUUCAGACUGGACUCUGAUUCGGAAGAUGAAGAUUCCCACUUCUACUCGGUUGAAGAGUCUGGGAGGAGAAGGAAGAUGGAGGGAAGGAGAGGGCAAACGCAGAGCUUUCUGUCGGCCAUCGUGAAUGUCGGAAAAGGGAGGGUCACUGCUCUCACUGACUCGAAGGGGGAAGCGGGGAAGUCAGUCAGCGGGGUCCACGGAGAACUGGUCCUCGACGUGGAGAACGGCACCAUCUUCAGCGUGUCGCAAUACAAGGGGCAGCUGGACCUGGGCUACCUCUGCAUCGAGUCCAGCAAAGUAGCUCUCUACCAGAAAGCUGACGUAGAGGACUACCCCCUGCCGGAGAGGUUGGAAGUGCCGAGCUUCACUGCCCCAGCCGGGCUCUCCCCGACCAUCCUGUCCUCGGAGGAGGGGCUGCUCACCACGUCCUCUGCGGCCCCGGGGCGGAGAGACAGGAGCCUGCGGAUGCUCGCUGCAGCCAUCAAGACCACGCUGGACACCACAAAUAACAUCAAGGAGUUCCUGGUCGCUCUGAGACUACAAGGCGCGACCCUGUGUCACCGGAUGGCACUCACCAACCAGAGCUGGCACGAGCAGCUGAUGGAUUUCUUCGAUGUGUUGGACGACCCAAUCCUGGGCUACAUCCCUCCCACUGUGAUCACCAUCCUGCACACCCACCUGCUCAGCUGUGCUGUUGACUACAGGCCCCUCUACCUCCCGGUGCGUGUGCUGAUCACUGCAGAGACCUUCACCCUGUCCAGCAACAUCAUCGUCGACACAGCAACCUUCCACCUCAGGUUUAUUUUGGACGACUCCGCCAUCUACCUGUGCGACAGGUGCAGCUCGGAAACCGUGGACUUGAAGCGAGAUUACGUGUGUGUGCUGGAUGUGGACCUGCUAGAGCUGGUGAUCACCACCUGGAAGGGAGACCUGGCGGGGAAGCUGACGCAGCCGCUGUUCGAGCUACGUUGCUCCAACAACGUGGUGCACGUCCACACCUGCGCCGACUCCUGUGCCGCGCUGGUGAACCUGAUCCAGUACGUGGUGAACAGCGGAGACCUCCACCCUCCCCCCAAGCAGGACAGCCCGACCGAGAUCGCCGGCCAGAAGCUGCAGUUGCCAGAGUCAGCGACCUCCCUCCCGCCUCGCCUCCCAGCAGAGACGGCCGAGAUCAACCAGGGCGACCUGACGGAUGCGCUCAUUGACACCGAGCGCUGCCACAGGGACUCGGCUGACGGGUCAGGUGGGAUGCCCUUGCUGCGCCAGGAUUCACCUGUGUCCGUCUAUCUCUUCCCGGGUGAGAACAACCAGGACAAGCCCCCGGCGCAGCCACCCCCGGCGGUCGACAGGCUGGACGUGUACCCCUCUGAGGGGAGCGAGGCGGAGAGCGACUCGACGGACAACGACGAGUUCUGCAUCCUGGACGCGCCAGGCAUGGGGAUUCCGCCCAAAGACGGAGAGCCGGUUGUCUCCAAGCUGACAGACGACUGCAUCACGAUCAAGGACGGUUACUUCUCCCGACCCAUCGGCAGCACGGACCUGCUGAAGGCACCGGCCCGGUUCCCCGUCCCCGACACCCGCAUCAUGCUGAGGGAAAUCUCCGUGGUCUGGCAUCUGUAUGGAGGAAGGGACUUCGGCCCAUUUCGCCCUUCUUCCAUCCACUCGCAUUCCCCCAGGAUGAAGCCGGUGGUCGUCAGCGCGAGGAGCUCGCCGUCUCGCUCCGCCUUCCCCAAUAGGCCACAGAACACGUGGAGGACGCAGGGAGGCUCGGGAAGGAACCACGAGAUCCUCAUGGAGAUACAGCUCACCAAGGUGAGCUUCCAGCACGAGACAUACCCAGUCCCGGCCGCCACGCUGGAGAAAGGCCCAGCCGAAGCCCAUGCUCCCGAGCUGGAGGAGCAGCCCAUCGCCCGGCAGGUCUUCAUUGUCCAAGAGCUGGAGAUCCGUGACCGGCUGGCCUCUUCCCAGAUCAACAAGUUCCUCUACCUGUACACCAGUGAGAAGAUGCCCCGGAGGGCCCACUCCAACAUGCUGACAAUUAAAGCCCUCCACGUCAGGCCAGAGUCGGGGCUUGGUGGCCCUGAAUGCUGCCUGCGAGUCUCUCUCAUGCCGUUACGCCUCAAUAUUGACCAGGAUGCCUUAUUCUUCCUGAAGGACUUCUUCACAAGUUUUGCAACUGGAAUUAAUCCCGUUGUUCCCAUCGAUUCAGCAGCAGAAGCCAAACCCGAGCCCGGCCAGAGGGCGAGUGGAGUCUUUGAGGCUGAUUCCGUUGGCAGGGACGCAGAACCUUGUCAGGGCGGGCUCGAGUUGCCCGAGAUGACGGCCUCGAUGGAGACCACCUUAAGCGAGCACAGUUCCUCGUCCACUGCCUCUUCCUCCGAGCAGCCAAUUUAUUUCAGGGAAUUCCGAUUUACCUCAGAGGUGCCAAUCUGGUUGGACUAUCACGGAAAACACGUAACCAUGGAUCAAGGCACGUUCGCUGGAAUACUGAUAGGACUCGCUCAGCUCAACUGCUCUGAACUGAAGCUGAAGAGACUGUGCUGCAGACAUGGGCUGCUGGGGGUGGACAAGGUGAUCAACUAUGCCUUGAGUGAGUGGCUGAACGAUAUCAGGAAGAACCAGCUGCCAGGCAUUCUCGGAGGCGUGGGGCCCAUGCACUCAGUGGUACAGCUGUUUCACGGCCUCAGGGAUCUAUUCUGGCUGCCCAUCGAACAGUACCGCAAGGACGGGCGGAUUAUCCGCGGGCUCCAGCGGGGCGCCGCGUCCUUCGGAACCUCCACUGCCUCCGCAGCCUUGGAGCUGAGUAACCGGCUGGUGCAAGCCAUUCAGGCCACCGCGGAGACCGUGUACGACAUCUUGUCUCCGACGCCACCGGUAACCAAGGCGAUCAUGGACCAGAAGUACCUGAAGAAGUACAGGAGAGUACAACAGCCAGCGGACCUUCGCGAAGGAGUUGCCAAAGCUUACGACACCGUCCGAGAGGGCGUCAUCGACACGGCCCAGACCAUCUGCGACGUGGCCACGAGGGGGCACGAGCAGAAGGGCAUCACGGGAGCCGUGGGUGGGGUCCUGAGGCAAAUCCCGCCCACCGUGGUCAAGCCGCUCAUCGUGGCCUCAGAGGCCACCUCCAACCUCCUCGGCGGCAUGCGGAACCAGAUCAAGCCCGACGCUCGGAAGGAGGAAAGCUUGAAGUGGCGCACGGACGAGGCUCAGGAGUAGCCCACCAGCUCCGCCAACUCUUCUCCCCGUCCUUCUGUUCUCUGAAGCAACAAGUUAUUGCUGUCGGGCGAAAGAAAAGUGCCAUUAGCUUCUACGUUGUAAGUUGGCAGCAAAGGCAGACGGAGAACAGGAAGCUCUUUGCGGGGAAGUAACUCGUGGCGUGGGGGCGUGCGCAGCGAGGUUGGGAGAGCGGGACAGGAUCUUCCCCACCCUCGGCACGCCACCUGCGCCCCGGAAGUGCACAGACCCUUGUUCAACCACCCCCCCCCCCCCCCCAUCCCCCCGGGAGUGUGUGAGUGUGUGCUAGGGUACGUUGGGAGCCAAGUGGGAGAGGAGCUAAAAGACUUGGGGUAUCUUCAGCCCCACCUCCCCCAGCAUCCGUGCUCGGGGUGAGGGAGGGGCGGGCGGUGUGGGUAGAAAAUAAAUAAAUUAAUAAAAGCUCGUUCUAAUUUCCGAGAAUUGAUCAUUAUCAGGUGACGUUUAUUGACGAGUUGAUUGGCCUUGUCUCCGGUGUUGGGUGUGAGGGGGGAAUGGGAUACUUUUCCGGCGAAGGUGUGUGUGUCUCUCUGCACCUCCCGCCCCUGAUCUCUCCUGCAGGGAGUUCGGGAACAUAUCUUUCCAUGGGGGAAGGGGAGGACGUGGGGGGGGCAGUGGUGAAUGGUUUCUGUGACCCCUGGCUGAAGGUCUCCCCUGCCGCUGACUUUUCGUCCCGAGCACUCGAGCUUGACAGUAGCUGCAGAGGGAACGUGGCUAAUGGGAUGGCAGGCAGAGUGACGGUGUCCCUGCCAAGGGCCAGUGGCAGACCCCUGCAGCAGUCUUUGGUACUCUCGAUCACUCCUUUAACGUCAGGCAGCAAACAAUCUGCUGGAGUACUCAGCGGGUCGAGCAGCAUCUGCGGCAGGGAAAGGAACUGUCGACGUUUCGGGUCGAAACCCUGCCUCGGCCUGAAAUGUCGACAGCUCCAUCCUCCCGACCUGCUGAGUUCCUCCAGCAGUUUGUUUGUUGCUCCAGAUUCCGGCGUCUGCAGUCUCCCGUGUGUCUUCAUGAAAACACUGCUUGCCAGUAGGACUCAGAUUACUUAAUGUGCCUCCCGAUCAGGGAGACAUCCAGUUGAAACCGGGACAUGAAGCCAUUGCCUGUAUCCCUGAGGAUAUCCAGUGUCCAGGUAAGCUGUAAGUGGCGUCGUCCAGAAUUUCCACUCCAGAGUUUGGGGCUUGGGUGUGAUGCAGGAGAGAAGGCCGUGGAAUCUUGGGACUGGUUAGAUCUGCGUCUCUGCGCCACGCACAAUCCCACCGUCUCCUCUUCCUCUCCCCACUCACCUGCCUCAAAGGAAAAGGUAAACUCCUCUGGGUGGAACUUGACGGCAAAAAGUGGGAGCCUGUUACAGUCUCGCAUUGGGACUCUCUGCGCCCCCCCUGCCAAAGCUCUGGGUGAAACCAGAGCCAGUCGCCUCGGGAGUGGCUGCAUCUCUGUGCUGCCCCUCCCUCCACACCUGGGUUACAAGGGAUUGCAGGUCUCUCUGUUGACCAGCACCCUCGCUGCACUGGGGCACGGAGCCACGCAGGCUGGCUGGCUGCUUCGCUCUGCAUUAUUGCUGCCAAGUUGGGAGGGAGAGAGGUGUCGGGAGCUGUUGCUCAUCUUCUGAACUUCAGGAAGACUGGCGCCAUGACGGCUCAUGUGUCCCUGGGGGAAUACGAGGGGUGGUGGGGGAGGUGUAAGGGAGUACUACUGCCCUAGUUGAUCCUCGAAAACUGACAGCUCGGCCUGAAGCCCAUUUUAAAGGAAUCUGAGAGGGAAGGGGGCAAUAUCGACCGAGAUCUGACUGACACAAGCAGCGGAGGUGUGUCAGUGCCCAGAUCAGUGCACUGGGCAGGACAAUCAUCCCAGUUUGCUGCCCCAGUGGGGGGCAUCCUGUGCCCCUCUGGUAGGUAAGAUCGGGAUGAAUUCUCGCGGUCCAGAACGGGAAGACCGGGAGGGAGUGGGCGCUGGGGAACUGGUGUCACAGGAGUGGGGGGCAGGGGAUACAGGGUCCCCAAGCUGAACCCGGCACUCUCUACAGAGCCACAGAAGCCCAGCCAAGCCGGGCUUCCCCACACCCGAGCCAUGGGGGUCCCAGGACGUGAUGGCAAUCCCGCAUCGAGCAGCUGGAGGAAGAGGAGCAGGGGAAUGCGUGGGGAAUGCGUGUUCCUGGCAGGCCGCUGACACCGGGUCACAGAGAGCAGCUAACCGUCCAUCUAGUAAGGAAGGUGGUGGGGUUGGGGGGGGAGGUGGGAGGAGGGUCGUUAGUCCAGGUUUGGUCUGGAGGUUCAUCCAGCUUCGACAGGCUGCACCCAAGCUCCCUUCGCCCAUCGUGUCUUGGCUCCCAGGCCAGCAACACAUUUAAGACAUUCAUCCUCAUGUCCCUCUGAGGCUUUCCCCGUCCCUGGCCCUGCCCCACGAAGCUGGGGUCUCUAUGCUCCUCAGGUUUUCGCACACAUCCCCACCACCGCCCCCCCACCCCCACCCCACCCCCCAUCCACCCACCUCUCAGCCUCCUCUCUGCCUCAAAGACACCACUUAGCUUGUUGCUCUGACUGCUGGCCAUCUGUCCUUUCACUCGUCCACCCCUCUUUGUUCCCUGUGGAACAUCUCGGAACUCUUCACCACACCAUACAACAGCGAGCUUUGGUGGUCGAGACACCAUCUGAGUCCUUCCGAUCAAGAUAACUCUGGCAAAGGGGAGAGGAAUGAUUCUAUAAGAAAUAUACCCGACAUGCUAUGAGAUGUUUAAAAAUAUUUGUUUUUGAACAGCCAGGAAGUUGGCUUCUUGUAAACUGCUAUUAUUUUUAUUAAUUUGUACAUUAUCGCCAUGGAAUCCAGGACGAUAUUUAGUGAGGAACAAGACAAGAAUGAUUUAGACUUGCUGAUGAACUUUUUUGGGGUGAGUUCAUUUAUAUUGCAGACCUGAGAGAUAAGUGUUAAGAUUUUUAAUUGAGAAAAAAAAUGAGAGAAAAAUUACAUUUUUAAGAUUUAAUGUUGGUGGUGACACUGCUUCACGAAUUCAGCUCCUUAAAGCAUUGUGGGUGGUUGAGCAGUGAGCUGCUGUAAUUAUUAUAGUUUCUGUGUACGCUGUUCCCCCUCAGUUAGCUUUCUCCUCCAAGCCUGUAACGGGAGUGUCGCAUGUAACCUUGUCGCAGUACAGUUGAGCUCUCCCACCCAGAGGUAGCUCUGCAGUGCCACUUCUAACAGGACUUGGCCCCGGAGGGGUGGGGAGGGGAGAUGGCUGUAACAAACGUUGGAUUUUUGGCAGGGGUUGGGGCUGUGGCAGAGGCUGGUGGGGGGGGGGGGGGGGGCGGAAGGAAGGUGUCACAGAGGAACUUGACCCAGAUGGCAAGGAUCUUAUGAUCGUUUCGCCAACUGUUAGUCCUGACGCCCAUGUGGAGCAAAGUUUGUAGUUCACCCAUCUGUGGUUAGGUGUGGGUUUGAGGGCAGGGCAUCAGUCAGCGGGGUGACGGGUUAGGGUGGGGUCACAGGGUGAGACAGAGGGUGGGGUCUCAUGGUGACAGUUUCGGGUGGAGUGUCGGGGUGACAGGUUAGGGUGGGGUAUCAGGGGCUGACAGAGGGUGGGUUUGGAUACCUCCCCAUCAGGAUGGUGUGACCAGAUGAAGGUGCAGUUUCUGGUCUCUGCGCUGCUGCUUCCAGUACCAGGUUGCCCUUGUAUUGGGCACGGCAGAGCAAAGGGAGCAGACAGCAGCUGCAGAGUUUGUAUAAACUGCCCGUACGCCCACGACUGCCACACGUAGACAAGGGGCCAGGAGCUGGGGCGACAUCCGUCCAAGGUGUGUUUCCAAUUUCAGCACAGAGGGGUGUCCUGUCGCUGAGAGGCGUGGUGUGGUCCCAAGUGGGCCCCCUGUUGGCGUCCCCAAGUCAGAUUGACUGCUGCGUGUUGACCGCCCCCAAGGAAACGUUGAUAGUGUUAACAGGUCACAACAAAGGCACGUCAGUGCGCCCUCCUUUAGAUUAGGCACAUCACACACACACAUCACACCCGAACAGUAUCCCAGCCCUGGUCUGUGCCACGCUGGGCUCUCUCAACCCAGGGGAGCACCCAUUACCCAGAACAGAGACCUGUUACUGGGCACCUCCUCGUCACUGGGAACAGUGAGUUAUGGCAUCCAGGGAGACCAGGAGCAGGUGUGAUGCUGGGUGUGGUUGAAUAGCUGGUGUCUUUUAAAGCUAAUAGCCAUUUGGGCAAGGUGUUACUGGCCAUGUGGUGUCUGUCCCCCGGCAAGUAUGGGUGGAGAGAUGGGAGGGCUGCGGGGGGAAAGCAUACAGCUCCUUCCUUUCAAUCUAUCAACUGGGCAGUGUGUACUGGUGCGAGGUCGCAAAGUGUCUUAGCUGUUGCACACCACCAGCUGGCUGCGUGUGUGAGUGAGUGUGUGUAUGUGUGAGAUUUCUCUCCUUCCUGUCCCAAUCCAACGGUGAAAUGAGUGUUAAUCCAUGUUCAUAUACUUGUACAAAAAAAAACCCAACGUGUAAUAAUAAAAAGAUGUUUAAGUGCAA